AUGGAUCCCGAGUAUGUCAACUUCAUUCUCCUUGUGGCCAUCCUGUUUUCCUGCAGCUUCACAAUACUGUACUGGCGACUGUGGGAGAAGUUCCCCUGCUCAAACUCCCUCCCAGAGCACGAGUGCCUACCCCGUUUCAUAAAUAGCUGCUCGCGCUACACCCGCCACCCUCGUCGCGCCUGCGAUGCCAUUUAUAAACGAACAUGUGCCAUUCCCUACAUCGAAAUCUUCCCCGUUGAAGACGUUCCAAAUUCCGAAGACGGUGACGGAAACCAGUUAAUGUGCGACCAGGACGCCUAUAUCGUCGAGUUCCAGACUAGAGCCAACACUGACAUCGGUAUACUCCCAACUGAACACGUUUCUCGGGAGGCUGUGGCCGAGAACGUCACCUCAGCCUCAGCCUCCUACUCCGGUCACUACCUCCCACAAACCAAGGCCCUGGUUCCGAGUUCUCCCGUUCUCUUCUCCGCUGAUCCUCAGGAAAGUGUGACUUCCUCCGAUGAGAGCAUCGUCAUGUUGCAGCUUGGUGACAGUGUUGACAUCGCCGCCGACUAUCUCAUCGGUCUCUUUGAUGAGAACGCUAUUUCCAGCCCUGCAGAGUGA